GUGGACGUAGGCGUGAUGGCGCGGGAACUACAGCAGCGCUACCGUGAGUACAACCGGCGCAAAGCGGUGCCGUUCCGUUUGCUGGUGGAACAUGCGUACCGUACGGUGCUGCAUAGCUACGGGCUCGACAGCAAUCCGUCGAGUGAAAACGACGAGGAAGCCCUCUCGGACGUGGAGGUGAUGGACGAGACCGGUGCGGGCCGCAAUCAGAUGAGCAGCACGCUUACAAACAUGUAUAUGGGCAGGGGUAAUCGAUCGCCGGCCACAUCGACGGUCGCCGGAGGUGGACCCGUGAGCCAGUCGGGUGCCGCCGUCGGUGAAGCCAUAGAUAUUAGCAGCGACGAUGAGGACCAGCAAGCGGCGGCCGAGGGCCGCUCCGGCGAUGAGCAGAGCAACUUUAUCUCAACUCACGUGGCUUCAAACAAACACGUAACGGUCACGAAGGUGACACGGGCCAACAAGGUGCGCGAAGAUGAAACGAGCAACGAGAGCAUCGAGAGCAGUAACGGUAAGAAUAUCGCACCGGAAUCGAAGCGCCGGCGAAUGGACAACGGAGCCCCGAUCACGAUGCAGCUGUUAUCGAGCAUGCGCAACGAGUCGCAUGCCAACAUUAAUCCGAGUUCCGUUGCGGCUGCUCCUGCCAACAAGAAGCCAAACACAGCAAACUAUCAACCGUCGACCGGAGCGAAAGCGAAACGGUAUCGCAAGGAGGUGGUGGCCCGUACGGUCAGCACCACGUUCGCGGACGUCGGUGGCAUGGAUCGAUUGCUAAAGGAGCUGUGCGAACUGCUGCUGCACGUGAAACAUCCGGAAAUCUACCGGCAGAUUGGGCUACCACCGCCAAGGGGCUUUCUGCUCCACGGUCCACCCGGUUCCGGUAAAACGUUGCUUGCGCAAGCCAUCGCUGGGCAACUGAACGUCGAUCUGAUCGAGAUUCCUGCCACGGAGCUGAUUGCGGGCGUUUCCGGGGAAUCUGAGGAGAGAAUACGGGACGUGUUCGAGCAGGCGGCCGCCCUGUCUCCCUGUGUGCUGUUUAUCGAUGAAAUCGAUGCCAUUUCAUCGAAUCGUAUCAACGCACAGAAAGACAUGGAACGGCGCAUCGUCGCGCAGCUGCUCAGCAGUCUCGAUACGCUCGGAACGCUCGAGGGAGGUGAAGGGGUGAUCGUUAUUGGGGCCACCAACCGGGCCGAUGCCCUCGAUCCGGCACUGCGUCGCGUGGGCCGUUUCGACCAGGAGAUAUCGCUCGGCAUUCCGGACCGUGAAGCUCGGCAGCAGAUACUGAAAAUUAUUUGCCGCAAAUUGAAGAUGGCGAACGAUCUCGACUACGGUGAGCUGGCCAAACUGACCCCCGGGUAUGUGGGGGCCGAUUUGCUGGCACUGGCCACGAGAGCAGCUAACACGGCCAUCAAGCGUCUGUUCACCGAACAGGAAAGUAGGAUUCUAUCGAACCCAUCAAAGCCGGUGAGCAACGAUACGGACGACGUGGUUGCCAUCGAGGACGAGCCUGACGAGGUGGUUAACCUGGACGAUGAGAAGGACGAUGUGGCCAACGAUGCGGACGAAAGCGCCGGCAAUGAGGCCGGCGUUUUGUCGACCGGACAAAAGCCAAAGGCGGAUGAAGAUAAGAAAGAUGAGGCCGAACCAGCGGUUACUACUUCGUCGGAAACAGAAACACCCGCCGUUGCGUCGGAGCCGGUCGCAAAGGAGCGCGAAACGGCUGCCACCGAACAGACCGGUCAGAUGGAGUUGGAUGUAGAAGCGGCAGUGCCCGAGCCAUCCACACCGUGCUCCGGAACCGGUGAACCUGUGGUGGAGGUCGAAAAGCCUCCCUCCAUGGAGGUGGACGAAGCAGGAGGAAAGAUCGAACCACUCAACGUGCCCGAGCAAACGCAACCCGAGGCCAGCGAGAACCGUGUGAAUGGUGAAGCGCCGGACGUAGUCGUUUCGUCGGUGUCGCCGGAGGAAGAAGCGGCCAACGUGACACCUUCGGUACCGCUUCUGCAAACCACCGGGGAGAUGACGUUGGAGAAAAUGUUGGAUCUCUUGCUGAACCAGCAGAAUGAGCUGUCGAAAGAAGAACUCGACGGAUUGUGCAUUCAACGGGACGAUUUUAUGGAAUCACUCAAAACCUUGCAACCGUCGGCGAAGCGCGAAGGAUUCAUCACCGUACCGGACGUGACGUGGAACGACAUUGGCUCGCUGGGCGAUAUACGUGAGGAGUUGAAGCUGGCCAUUCUGGCACCAGUAAAGUACCCGCGGCGCUUGAAGCUACUCGGUUUGAAUGCACCCUCCGGUGUGCUGCUUUGCGGUCCACCCGGCUGCGGUAAGACACUGCUUGCCAAAGCGGUCGCCAACGAGGCGGGCAUCAAUUUCAUAUCCGUCAAAGGGCCCGAGCUGCUGAACAUGUACGUCGGUGAAUCGGAACGCGCUGUCCGGCAGUGCUUUCAGCGGGCACGCAACUCGGCUCCGUGCGUGAUCUUUUUCGAUGAGUUCGAUUCCCUGUGCCCGAAGCGGUCCGACACGAAAGAGGGCAGCGCGGGGACGCGUGUCGUCAACCAGCUGCUCACGGAGAUGGACGGUAUCGAGGAGCGCAAGGGCGUGUUCCUGAUGGCGGCCACCAAUCGGCCCGACAUCGUCGACCCGGCCAUACUGCGCCCCGGGCGUUUGGAUAAGAUUUUGUACGUCGGAUUACCGGGAACGACCGAUCGGGUUGAUAUCCUGCGAGCGUUGACCAAAAAUCGAACCCAACCUCCGCUGGCCGAAGAUGUGGAGUUUGAAAGGGUGGCCACACUAACCGAGGGUUACACGGGAGCCGAUUUGGCUGGGCUCGUACGUCAAGCUUCGCUGCAAACACUAAAAGAUUCCAUUGUCGGUGCGGGCGAGCAGGAGGACAGAGACGGCGGCGCCGGAGAGAAGGAUGCAACCGAGGCGAUGCUACAGGUACAUAUGGCACACUUUCUGGAGGCGAUACGAACCAUGAAACCAUCCGUAAACCCAGAGGACAAAAAGCAUUACGAAAAACUACGCCUCAAGUACGGUGCCCCCAACGCUCUGUGUUAGAGGAUGUGGGCUUUGGACACUCAAUUGUCCGUCGUUCAACUGUUCACCGACGUGGCUCUCGUCCGUAGACGAGCCGACCGGUACCGACCGAUUUAUCGGUUCCAAUGCGAAAGGCAUUAGUCCGAACCCGGGCAGCGCAUCAACUGGUGUGUAAAAUUUUAAGUUAGUGCCAAUACGUCUCUGAGCAUUCUACUAGAUAAAAAGAAAACUUUUCACCGAUGGAAAGGAAUAGAAUUGAGCAGGGUGUUUGCCGCUCUACUGUAGGAAAGAGAAGCGAGUUUGGGCAACAAUCAAACGAAACUCGAAGCAUUUUCUUUGCCCGUUUGUAGUUUCAUUAUCGCCCCCCAUUAUGCCUGACGCCAUGUUUUCUUUCUUGUAUUUUUGAAGGAACACAUAAGAAGGAUUCUUUUUAGUUGUUUAUAACUCAAAAAGAUAAUACACACUUUAAAAUUAAGUGAGGAUAAGCAUCAAAGUGUCUUGUCAGUUCCCGCGGUAGGUUGAGUUUAAUUAUCCUAAACUGAUUGUA